GGAAGAGAUGGCGUUUUUGGAGGGGGAGACGAUGUCUUGGGAGGAGGAGACGCUGUCUUCGGUGGAGGAGAUGGCGUCUUCGGAGGAAGAGAUGGCGUUUUCGGAGGGGGAGACGAUGUCUUGGGAAGAUUAAAUGGUGUCCUGGGAGGAGGAGACGGUGUAUUUGGAGGAGGCGACGCUGUCUUUGGUGGAGGAGACGGUGUCUUCGGAGAUGGCGACGCUGUCUUCGGAGGAGGAGAUGGCGUUUUGGGAGGGGGAGACGAUGUCUUGGGAGGAUUAAAUCGUGUCCUGGGAGGAGGAGAUGGUGUCUUCGGAAGAGGAGACGUUCUCUUCGGAGGAGAAGACGGUGACUUCGGAGGAAGAGAUGGCGUUUUUGGAGGGCGAGGCGAUGUCUUGGGAGGAUUAAAUGGUGUCCUGGGAGGAGGAGACGCUGUCUUGGGAGGAUGA